AUGACUGGACGAGCUUUGGCGGAUGCAUGUGGAAAGUCCUUCACCAAAAAGUACAAAACAUACAAAAUUACAAAAGAAGAAGAUGGGACCUUUUACCCAUUUGUCUUUAAUGACAUUAUGGGCCUCGAGAAGGACCAAGGAGUUUGUGAGGAGGACAUCAAACUAGCCAUGAUGGGACAUGUCAGAGAUGGUUACACGUUGCUGCUCAACUAUAUCUGUAUUUCACAGUUUAAUCCACACUCCACAUUAUCCAGAGAUGAUCCAUACUACAACACAAACCCCAGUCUGAGUGACAAAGCACAUGUUCUGGUUUGUGUCGUCUCUGCCAAUGAAGUACAUUUACUGAAUCAUGAUGCUAUGAAGAAGAUGAGGAAUGUGAGACUGGAAGCUAGUGAUAUGGGGAUUCCUCAAAUGGCUAUUCUCACCAAAAUUGAUGAAGCCUGUCCUGAGGUCAAAGCAGACUUAAGAAACGUCUACAAAAGCAAGGAACAAUAG